UCCGGUUACUCGGGAAACAUUUGCAGUCCAUCUUUCCCGCUACACCAAAAGGCCGAAGAAAAAAUGGCACAUCUCCCCUCCUCAUCCUUUCGCUCUCUACUCAACAUCAUCAUCCACCAUACUUGGUUUCCUGCACAACCACCAUUUCUAUCUCUUCUUCCAAAACCCUCUUCUUCCACACUUACUCUUCUCUGCGGACCCAUCUGCUCUAAACCCUCCUCAAACCUUCAUGCUCUUAAUUCCCAAUUUCCUCAUUCAAAAGGGGAUUUGCUGAUUUUGAAGCAAGAUGAACGGUUUUCUGGGUCAAUUGAGAAUACCCAGAUGUCAGCCUCUAGUACAAUUGCUGCCAUUGUUACUUCUUUGGGUGGUCCUUCUGCUGCGGUCGGUAUUGUCAGGUUAUCGGGGCCUUCGUCGGUGGAGAUUUCUCGUAAGGUGUUUCGGCCAAUGAGAGAAGCGAAGAAGAAGGAAGAAGGUGGAUGUUGUUUGUGGCGGCCUACAAGCCACGUUGUUGAGUAUGGUGUGGUUUUGGAUCAUCUUGGCAAUGUUGUUGAUGAGGUUUUAGUGGUUCCUAUGAUGGCUCCAAGAUCUUACACUCGUGAGGAUGUGAUUGAGCUCCAGUGCCAUGGUAGUGAAGUAUGUCUUCGUCGUGUGCUAAGAGCUUGUUUAGAUGCAGGGGCAAGACUUGCUGAACCAGGCGAGUUUACUCUUCGUGCUUUUCUAAAUGGUCGCUUGGAUCUUUCCCAGGCAGAAAGUGUUGGGAGGCUUAUUACUGCAAAUUCAGUGGGUGCUGCGGAUGCAGCCCUAGCCGGAAUUCAGGCAUGUUUCUCACAUCUUGUCAAAUCAAUUCGAAAACAUUGCAUAGAAUUACUUACUGAAAUCGAGGCACGUCUUGAUUUUGAGGAAGACAUGGCACCUUUGGACUUGGUAUCUAUUUCCAAUAAAAUACAUGUGAUGGUAGAGGAUGUACAAAAGGCAUUGGAAACUGCCAACUACGACAAGCUUCUACAAUCAGGACUGCAGAUUGCAAUUGUUGGCCGGCCUAAUGUGGGAAAGUCAAGCCUUUUGAAUGCUUUGAGUAAGAGUGAGAGAGCUAUAGUCACUGAAAUUGCUGGGACCACUCGGGAUGUCGUUGAAGCCAGUAUUACAGUUCAAGGUGUCCCUAUUACUUUGCUUGAUACUGCCGGAAUUCGGGAAACUGAAGAUAUAGUUGAAAAGAUUGGGGUGGAGAGAUCUGAAGUUGCUGCCUUAGGUGCUGACGUCAUUAUCAUGACAGUUAGUGCUGUUGAUGGUUGGACAAUGGAUGAUAAUAGGCUUCUAAGUAGAAUUCAAUCUGCUAAGGAUAUGAGAUCUUUUACACCAAUAAUUCUCGUCAUCAAUAAGAUAGAUUGUCUUCCGUCCGCAUAUGCUGAAAGCUUCAAUGUCAAUGACGGUAGUUUUGCUAGGUGUAUAUCUACAUGUGCUGUCACUGGUGAAGGGCUGGAAGAUCUUGAGAGGGCAGUAUCAGAAGUUGUGGGUCUGAACAGCAUUUCUGCAGGGGGGAGAAGAUGGACAAUCAACCAGAGACAAUGUGAGCAGUUGGUACGUACCAAAGAGGCUUUAUUGAGGUUAAAAGCUUCAAUGGAGGAAGAAUUGCCACUGGAUUUCUGGACAAUUGAUUUGAGAGAAGCAGCAAUGUCUCUUGGUCAGAUUAGUGGAGAUGACAUCUCUGAAGAAGUUUUAUCAAGUAUCUUCAGCAAGUUUUGCAUAGGUAAAUAAAUGAACUCUUUUCCAUGUUUAAGUCCUUCUCAAGAGAUUUAUCAUAAUGUUUAAUGAGCUUAGAGAAGUUGCUCCGACAAAGACUAAUAGAUGGUAGAGGUUGAUUUUCCUUUCAA